UCGCUUUCUCACUCCGCAGUUAAAAUCAGUUGGUGUAGUAACCGCCCGUAGCGCAAGCAACAGCCGUCAGCGCGCGGUUUAGGAGGAAAACGUCGCGUCGGAGCGUCACGCUUCCACGAGAGGACAUGGCACAUUCGACGCUAGUUAGAAAACAACAGCGAAUGAGGCAAAAAACAAGCGCGGGCAACCGCAACUUCACGCUGAGGGCGAUUUAAAGCCCUUUGCAAAAAGUUUCGCUGACGUCAUACGUCAGCUAUAACGACCGAAGCUUCGCGUUCGCCGUCGGUGUGCGUGCGUCUGUUUGUUUGUUUGUUUGUUUGUCUGUCUUUAAUCAUUAAAAGCGGACAGAAUGGGGGCCAAACAGAGCAGUCCCGCUGAAAACGGACGCACACGGGCGUACUCUAGCUCGGAUCUCCCUUCGAGUAACGGCGGCAGAACGGCGGCUAGGUUUCCCGCUCACGGCGCCUCAGGUGCUGCGUCUUCCUCCUCGUCGUCGUCAGCGGCGGUGUCUUCGCACUAUACCGGCUCCAGAACGCGCUCCGUCGGGGGAGGCACCGGUGGACCGGCCGCAAGACCCCAGUCGAGCAUUAAUAUACCGACCUCGGGAGCGUACAGUUCUCAGGACUCCGGUAACAGCACACCGGAGGACAGCGGCGGUGAGAGAGAGCGGUCAACCGGCGCUCCGAGACUCUUGAUCGGAUCUUUACCUGCUCACCUGUCGCCUCAUCUCUUCGGAGGUUUCAAAUGCCCUGUCUGUGCCAAGUUUAUCUCUUCAGAUGAAAUGGACCUUCAUCUGGUCAUAUGCUUGACCAAACCUCGAGUGACAUACAACGAGGACGUCUUGGCGAAGGACACAGGAGAAUGUGCAAUAUGUCUGGAGGAGCUGGUGCAGGGAGACACCAUCGCACGCCUGCCCUGCCUCUGCAUCUAUCACAAAGGCUGUAUUGACGAGUGGUUUGAAGUGAACCGAUCGUGUCCUGAACAUCCUUCAGAUUAAAAGCACCUCUCGCACCUUUGCACAGCAUCCUGGUCGUGAGAAGCGCCGCAAUGUGAAUUCUCUUCCUCCUCAUAGACACUGUGACUUUGGUCUCGGGACUUCCUGAUUGCCGAACGCCCCUCUCUUAGCACAGCCCUCUCUAGUCGCCAUAUAAACUCUAGUGUGCCAAACCUCAUUCAGGGAAACUCUUUCCACAUCACAGUCCUAAAGAAGAAACCCCAGGGCGGGCGAGAGCUUCUACUCCAGCGCACCAUUGUCCAAUCAGGAAUGAUGAAGGCGGCGGAUCUUAGGAAGUUCAUUUCAUUGGUGUCUCUGAUUAGCCGGACUCAGGAUCAGCUAACUGUUUGGACGAUUAUCGGAUGAUCACGGUGGUUUGUUCUCUGGUAAAUGGGACUGUCUCUCUCAGUGCCUUAACUUUCAGAUCCCAUGGGCCGAAGUGGCGGCUAUGUUUCGAUGGACUCUGAGAAAGAAGCCUGGAUGUGACGGGACGUGAGCCCUGAUUCGGGUCGGCCCAGAGCCAUAUUGACAAGUGCCCUGUAUUUCAUAGCGUCGACACAGCUGUUUUUUUUCUCUCUUUCUUCCCGGAUGGAAUAACGUCCCAUGCAUCUGGAGUCUGUUAGCAAUAUCUGUGCUAACGGUUCAAGAUUCACUGUAGCCUGUCACGUGACGUCUGCACGGUCUCAAGAUCAUUUAUGCAAGUGCACCAUGUUUUAUUUGUGUUGACAAAUCUUAGCCUUAAUUCAACACAUGACUGACUUCUGUGUCUCUUUAUGUAGAGUAAAUCUCAUCAGAACAUCACAAAAGCAGAAGGAAAAAAAAAACUAAAUAAUGUUUUUCAUAGAGAAAAUCAAUUUUGGCGGGGAAAUAAAUAAAAUGCAAUUAUUUUUAUUAAAAUCUGGAUAAAUUUAAUGGCAUUACAACAAAUGCUACCAUGUAAAGACAUUUCAAUUUAAUAAAUUAAUGACAUUCA